AACAAAUCUUUUGGUACAUGUGGGUUUUGAGUAUUUUACAAGGACUUAAAUUAACUUUAUUUGUGUGUUCACUGUAAUGAAUUUUCAAUAAUUGUGAAAGCCUAAUUGUAAGCUAGACAAUGUCCGCAGAUAUUUUUGCCACGAUUUGACCGACCACGGCCAAUAUUAAUUAUUUUCACAUCACAUCAUAUUACAUAAUAAAUCAAAAGCGAGGUCGGAAAAUUAUUUUCGACACAAAAUCUGCUAAAUUAUUUAUUUUAGCUUUUUUUUUAAUUUUCGGCCCGAUUUAUUGUGAACGUACGUAAAACAUGCAGACCGCCGCAGCAUCCUUCUUUCGGACGGAAGUUAUUCGAAGAUGUCGACAAUUUGGAAAAGUGGCAUUUCGAAAAUAUCUGCUAGUGACCAAUGCGACGAUUUCUCUGGGUCUGUCAGGUGUUGGUGACAUCCUGCAACAAAACUAUGAGGUGCUGCAGAAGAAACAAGAGAAAUGGGAUCCUGAACGGACUAAAAACAUGGCCCUGACUGGCCUUCCUGUAGGCGUUAUUUGCCAUUUAUGGUACAAUUUCCUCGACCAUCGAAUGCCAGGCCGGACAGUAAAAAGAGUGAUUCAGAAAGUGGUUGUUGACCAGAUUUUGUUUUCGCCUAUUUGCAUCUCGGUGUUCUUCAUCACACUGGGAUUCCUUGAACAUUCUAAGCCGGCCAAAGUUAAAAAAGAAAUCGUCCAGAAAGGAUGGAUGCUGUAUGCGGCGGAAUGGAUGAUUUGGCCACCUGCUCAGGUCAUCAACUUCUAUUGGCUGCCGACUCGAUACAGGGUACUUUACGACAACACAAUAUCUUUGGGUUACGACGUCUACACCUCGUACAUCAAGCAUGAAGUGCCCUUAGAAGAUGAUGAUGAGGAGGAGGAUAGCUGACAAUUAUUACCUCCAAGCAGGGCCAAAGACAUUAUUGCAGAAUUUCGACGUUGUUGAUGAAAUGGAUGUAAUUAUAAUGGUGCUGGCAACCAUUAGACUUACGAAAAUAAACUUUACCAAUCUUUUUUCUUAAAA